CGUAUCUUAGUCUCUCACACCAUCGGAAGACAGCGCCAGCUCUGAUUCAACUCACUCCCCGCUCUCUAGUAACUUGACAAAGGCUUCUACGCGCUCUCUUGCCUAGGCUUUCGCUUCUUACUGCUGGCUUGGCUGGAUGGCUACUAGUUUCCUCCCGGUUCUCGCUCAGGAUGAUGUAACACGUGCUGCUCAGUUGAUACAACAGUCCUAUGCUCCCCAAGUCUCCUCAGAUGAGCAACGGCUGCUCCAGCAAGAGCUCUUUGAGAUACAGCGUCGCCCAGAAGCAUGGGGCCUGAUUCUGCCAUUUCUGAGCCACACCGAUUCCAGCGUGCAAUUCUUUGGUGCACACACCUUGCAGGUCAAGAUCGCGCGAGAUUGGGAUUCUGUCCCGGAAGACGCGACGACACAGCUGAAGGAUAUGGUGCUCGAUCUGACGGGGCGUGCGGUGGUGGCCGGGCAGAACAAAGUAAUCCUCCGUAAACUCUUCGUUGCAAUCACUUCUCUUGCAAUCAAACUACAUCCUGGGAACCCUUCUCGUUGGCCAGAUUGGCUGCGUUCGACCAUCAACAUAUUGUCCGGCAUGGGCGUGCCCCCGGAACACUUGCUGGAUUUCCUGUCCAUUGUCGCAGAAGAGAUGGAGAGCGCGGAUCUCCUUCCACCGAGCAAAGCCCAGAUGCAGGCUACCCUUGCUAGCGCAGAGCCCAUGGUUGUCCAAGCAAUCAGUACCUGCAUCAAAACUCCAGAACUGCAGCGUUCGUCGCAUGAACUGACCUCGGCCCUGAAGUGUUUGCAGGCGUGGAUGUCUGUCUUACCAGCUAACGACCUGACACCACUCAUCCCACUCCUGGUCUCCCUUAUGAUUCCCAAGACGGAGUCUCCCAGCCCUGAGUACGACGAGCAAGCCUUCAUCUCCGCCUCCGACACGCUUCAAGAGCUUCUUUCGAGUUCGGCGCUCUCCGACGGCGCAGGCACCAGAACCGUCACGGAACCGCUUCUGCUCUGGCUCGAUCGGUAUGGCAAUGCGAUCGUUCAAGCGACAAUCAACAAUGGCUUCGUCGACGACAUCUCACAUUCCCUCUGCAAGCUCCUUGUCGCACUCGGGGACCACUCUGCAAUGUACUUUGCGAAGAACAUCGCUGCGCCCGCCCGCGUCUCGUCCCCUCCACCCUGCCCGUUCCCUUUGCCGAGCCCCUUGCCCCCGGUCUCGCACCUGGUGCAGAACUUCCUCCGCCUCCUCCUCGCGUACACCGCACUCUCUGGAUACUAUGGCAUCGACGAGGACGAGAGCGAGAUGACGCUGAGUUUCUGGUACUUGUUCCAGGAGGCGCUGUGGAACUCGGACUACGGGUUCGAUGUCGCCGAGGACGGGGACGAGGGGCAGUUGGAGGUGGAGAGGGAGCGAGAUAUGAUGCCCGUCGCCAAGGCGGUGUAUAUGGAGCUGGUGGGCGUGCUGAGGAAGAAGGUCGUGUGGCCGUCGAGGGCAGUGUUCAAUGGGUGGCCGAGAGAUCAGCGGGACAAGUUCAAAGCGUAUCGACGAGACGUCGGGGACACGCUUAUAAAUGCUUACUAUAUCUUGCGAGACGAUAUGUUGUCGUUCUACGUCAGCGACACCCUUCAGCGUUUGACGGCACGACAAGCCCAUGAGGAGUGGAAUGAAAUCGAAGCAACUCUGCACUGUAUCAUGGCUGUUCAAGAAGCCGUCCCGGUAGAGGACUCGCCGCAUCUACGUCAAGUUUUCGGGCCAGAGAUCCUCGGCAGGUUACCGAGGACAGGCGACGAUCGCGUCCGUACGACCGCGCUCUAUCUGAUUGGAAGUUACGCAUCAUGGUUUACGACGCAACCGGCUCAGGGGCCACAAUCCCCCACGCCCUCGCCGCUCAUGAAUGCGAUCUCGUAUGUCGUAUCCGCGCUGACAGAUUCGUCGCUGUGUCUCUUCGCCGCGAACGCGCUACGAGACUUGUGCGAUGCGAACCGUACGGCGUUAGCACCGCACAUUAGCGCGUUCGGAGAGCUACACGCCGGAUUGACUGGAAUACCUGAUACCGAAAAGGCGAAGGUCCUUCAAUCGAUAGCCAGCGUCAUACAGGCAUUACCUCCUGCUGAGGAAAUCACGCCUAUAGAGGCGAUCGUGAGCCCCGUUGUGUCGAAGCUUUUCGAAGCGCUCCAGUCUGCAAACCAGCCACCGGACGAGGCACGCGCGACGGCAAUUCUACAGCUGGAGACCCUCACCGGUGUGGCGCGAGGACUGACAAGAGUCACAGAUUCAUUGCUGGCCCUUGACGACUCACCAGACGUGCAGGCCGCGAUGGAAGAGAUGGCCCGAGCUCGAGCAGACCCGCGAGUGAUCAAGCUUCGCGAAGGGAUCCUCUCUGCUAUACGAAGUGCGGUUGAAUUGUGGUCGAUAGACGCGACUGUCACCGACGGUCUGAGUGAUUUAUUCAAGGCCAUCACCGCGCUACCCUCCGACCUCACCCUGAUUUCCCUCCCCGCUGCUCCCCUUCUUGAACUGGUUUGCCUGGCUGCUCAACGACAGCUCACAGCAGUGUGGCUAUCGCUAGCGACGAUGCUCAUAAUUCAGCUCAACCCGCCCUCCCUGGUCCCUACGACGUUCAAGUCGGAGCCAACUUCAGAGGCGUCCGAGGUUGCCUUAAAGGUCCUGACCAUCCUGCUGCGAACAUCUCUGAGCGCGUUCUCUCAGCCAGGGGUGAUGAUAUCAAACCCGGACAUUGUACAGGCCUUCUUUGGCUUGAUGGAGUCGUUCGUUCAUCACUUCCUGCCGAUAUUCUAUCGCCUUCCCCCAGACUUGUUCAAUGCAUUGAUACAGUGUGCUAUAAGUGCGCUAUCUUUGCAAGAACGAUAUUCCCUGACAUCUUCCUGCACGUUCUUGAGUGUCAUCGUCAACCGCACGGCCACUAACGAUGAACUCGCGAAUGCGAAGACGACAUUCGCCGAGAUACACGGAAUCCCUAUCAUGCGCGCCGUGUUGUUCGGGUUUGCCGGAGUGGCUCCCCGGUCAGCAAUGCCCAAUCUCAUCGAAGUAUUGUCCACCCUGAUCACGCGAUACCCUACCGAGAGCAAGGUGUGGAUGACAAACAUCCUCUUCGCUGAUGAUUUCUAUCCAUGCCGGGCGAACGCGGACGCCAAAAACAAGUUCAUCAAGACUGUGUUCGGAUCGCGUUCACUCAAGCGCACCCGAGAAGCUGCACAGCAAUUUACACUUGUCGCAAGAGGACUAGAAGGCUCGAGCUUCGGCUACGCAACUGUAUCGAUGUGAAGCAUGGUAUCGGUAUCGUGACUCACGACUAUAUCGCUAGCAACAAACGUUCAAACGUCAACAUAUGUACACAUGUAGGCUCCACCGCCCGUAAUGCACGCUACGAAUCUUCUCUCUCGAGCCUCUGCCUGAGCUUCUCCUUCGGGCGGCGUCGCGAUAUUGUAGUCGCUCUCGACCGACUCGUCUUACACCGCCCGACGGUCAUCUCCAUGACGCGCCUUCGACGCUCACGUAGGACGUGCUUCGCGAAUCGUUCCGCAUCAGUCAAGCCCUCUGAGGCAACGCUGGUCGUGCGGGACAUAUCAGAUCCGACGGACAUGGCCGAGCUCUGCGAAGAAGACUUCCGCGUGAUGACAGUGGGACGGCGCUUCUUCGUCCGCGUGCGGUAUUGGGAACGGUCGCGACCUGCUGGCCUAGUCUUCUUCCUUGCUGGACCUGUUUCUGG